AUCACUAUAUAUGUAGUCACACGGUCAACAUUGGGGGGUGACAUUGUACAAAAUAGACUUUUUGGCACAUUGAUGCAAUAAUGGAAAGCGCUUAUUCGUUCGCAAUUUGAUUAUGUUUAUCACGGAGAUCUCGCUUUAAAAACAGUUACAAAGAUGUGUGACAAUAUAAGUGGCAAUCCAUUUGCCGGAUUGUUUUCAACAGAUAAUGAUGCUGUCUCAUUUUCUUCGCAGCAUCAUACGAUCGAUGAUGAAAGUAGCAAUACUAAUUAUGUGGAACAAUCGUUAGACACUAUUAAAGAUAAAUCUGAAAAUGUGACAGAAUCCAGAAUUUUAAAGGAUAAAAUUGAUCAGCUUAUAGCUCAUGUGUUUGGAUUAACAUUAUUUAGAGACAGCAACAAUACUGCACAGAGAUGUCUGGUAUUCAUCGAUGCUGAUUCAAUUGAACACGCUGUUUUCGAGCGUUUGAUGCUGCAAAAUCCAAAACCUGAGUGUAUGUACGACAAUACAUCUGUACAAGAGAUCGAUAAUCACGUCGUUCAAACACAUGUUAUAACCUAUCUUUAUGAAUGUUAUUGUCGUUUAAAACAUUAUCAAACAAAUGAUAGUUUAGAAGAUACUGUAAGAAAUGCUUGCCAAAUUGUGCUACGAAAUGCCCAAACGGCUUUACAAGAACCAAAUUUAUUCGAAGAUCAAGAGGUUCAUAGUCAAUUUGUUGAUUUAUUCAUGGAUGAUGUUACACCAAAGUCAGAAUUAUCUUCAUUCGUUAAUGGCAUAAUAGAAGAAUUAUUUGCUGCAAAUAAAGCGAGCGAUGUAGAGGAUGUAAUUGCGUGGUCCUUUGCUCAGGUUCUUGAUAUUAUUCAUAAAGAAAUAGCUCAGAGUAAUCUUUUUACCUUUCGCCAGCAAUGGUUUACUUUACUACAUAUAUUUUCCACUAUUGAGCCCUUGGCAAAGUUGAUGAUUCUUCAUAGCACACCAAAAAAUAAUCAAGGCUGCGCAUACUCGGACACAUUAUUAGGUUCACUCUUCAGCAUAAGCUGCUUACCAAAAACGGCUAAAGAUCCGUAUGAUCUUUUUGAUAAACCUUUACGGCAACCGAACACAGUCAUGGAAGGUACUAUAUGGACAGCUAUGAGUAGCUUAAGUGAAGCCCUGUAUAAAACUUUCCAUUCUUUACUGAAAUGUUCGACAAUGAUUCGUCACUUGACUCUGCAAUGGCUUAGCAAUUGCCUCCAUGCCAAUGCAAAUAGGGGAAAACUUUGGAAUUCUCAUAUGGAUAUGGGAUUAUUAGGUGUAUUGUGUGUGUCGGAUGGUUUUAUGCUGAAUGUGGGUAAUGUCCUGCUACGCCUUUGUCAACCAUUUUGUAUAAAAUUGGACGAUACCAAAGUACCCAAGAUAGAUCCCACAUAUUGUAACGCUGAGGUGAAGAAUGAAAGCGAUAGUCUAGAACGUGGUAUACAUAUGGUGGGAUUGACUUCAGAAACAUGUUUGAUACCGACUCCGGAAGGUGAGACUCGACCAGUAGCAGAUUCAUAUGGAUUCACAACGGAAUGCUUUUUUCUUACACAUCGUGCGUUAGAUCUUGGCUACAGAGUAAUACUUGAGAAGUUUUUAAGGAUAAAUCAGGAUUUGGCUAGAAUACAAAGAGCGUAUAAUGAUGCUCGAACUGGAGGUAGUUCAGAGGUGUUAGAACUUAUAACGCAACGAAUGGAGACUGAGAUGACAAAGUACUUGACUCUUAAAGCGAGUCUCCUAGUGCCAGAGAUGUUAGAACACUUGGCGAAAUUUCACGCAAUGACGGCGUUUUGGUUGGUACAAGUAAACUUACAUGUUGUGACUGAAGAACAGAGCAAGCAAAGUUUCGCCCCAAAACAAUACAUACCUCUUACAUUCCCAUUAUCAGAGGCUGUCCCGAUUACACUAAGGUGCAUUCCCGAGUUUGUAGUAGAGAACACUAUUGGAUUCUUGUGUUUCUUACGUCGCUUGAGUCCAAACACAUUCGAGGAGCAGGGUCAUAGCUUUUUAAAUCCAAUCUUGACGGAGAUUAUAGUUUUAAUGGAGUCUCAACAUCGUCUGUACAAUCCACAUUUGCGUGCGCGUUUAGCCGAGAGUCUGGAAGCACUUUUGCCGACCGCGGAUGAGAAUGCGACUCUAGCAACACCCAACUUGGGAACAUUCCAUAGAGAACAGUUGUUUCUCACUCAUCCACACAGGCAGCAAAUAAUUGCCAAUUUGCUGCAUGUUUUUGUAAGUAUCGAAAUGACGGGGCAGAGUGUGCAAUUCGAACAAAAAUUCAAUUACCGUCGUCCGAUGUACAGCGUUAUGGAUUAUUUAUGGAAACUUCCUGAACAUCGUAACAAUUUCAUUGCUUUAGCUCAAGACGCAGAGAGCAACAUGGAAGCAAUUCAACCACCGCUGUUCCUACGCUUUAUUAAUCUAUUAAUGAAUGAUGCUGUGUUUCUUUUGGAUGAAGCUUUAUCAAAUAUGACACAGUUGAGACAGAUGCUUCAAGCUAGGGAAAGUGGAGAAUGGAAUAAAUUGCCACCAAAUGAACGGGAACAGCAGGCAGGCUAUCUUCAGCACAUUGGUAUGAUUGCUCGUUUUGAUAAUAUUCUAGGCAGAAAAACUAUACAGACGAUAAAAAUGUUAACAACUGAAAUAAAAUCGAUCUUUUGCCAUCCAACUAUGGUGGAUCGUAUCGCUUCUAUGCUCAAUUAUUUAUUACUACAAUUAGUGGGCCCAAAUAAAAAAAAUCUUAAGGUGAACGAUCAAAAAGAAUACGCAUUUAAUCCAGCAAAUUUGGUAUUAAAUAUAUGUGAGAUCUAUAUUAAUCUGAACAAAAGUGAAAGUUUUACACUAGCUGUGUCGCAAGAUGGGCGUUCUUACAGCCCAGAACUUUUUAAACUUGCCGAUAAUGUACUAGUUCGCAUUGGUGGUGUGGGAAUCCUGGGAGAUUUGGAUCAAUUUGCAAAGAGCGUGGAAAAGAUUGCAAAUCAAAAGCGAGAAGAAGAUGAAAUUUUGACGGGUAUUCCCGACGAUUUCCUGGACCCAAUUAUGUCAACAGUCAUGACGGAUCCCGUAACUUUACCAUCGUCCAAAAUAACCAUCGAUCGUCAAACUAUAGCAAGACAUUUAUUAAGUGAUCAAACUGACCCUUUUAAUCGAUCUCCACUUACUAUGGACAUGGUAAAACCAAACGUCGAACUUCAACAAAAGAUACAAGAGUGGAUUUCGCAGAAAAAACAAGAGAAAUCUUUAAGCAUUCAGACUUAAUCUAUUGUCAAUUAUUAUAUCAUGAUGGGACAAUGUUGAAACUUAUUUUCGAAGUGAAUAUAUUGUAAAGCAUCAUUGUGCGAUGCACAACUUAUGUGACGGUUGCUAAAGAAAAUCCGGAUUUAUGGUAAUUGGUUCGAAUUUGUGAAAAAUGAAAUAGAAAGAUUAUGGUUAUAUUGUCACGUCGAGAUUUUAUUGAUUGCUGACAUUCGAUUUAUGUAAUAUGAUGAACAAGUAAUUUUGUAUACAAACUUUGCUGUGUAAUUAUGUACAGUGUUAUAAAUGGAAGACAGAAUUACGGUUAUAUUAGUUAUAUUAGAAACAAUUAUUAAUUGAUAAAAAUGCCAUCUAUAUAAAUGGGGUAUUCUAUACGUCUAGAAAUUCUAGAAGUUGCUGCAUAAAAAAACAGUAAUUGUACAAUAACUGUAUUUCAUAUACUAUGCAGAAUAAAGUGUGUUAUUUACAAAUAUAA